AUGGCUGAUCGUUUAACACAGUUGCACGAUGCUGUAGAUGCUCAAGCUGAGAAUAUUUGUAACAGUAUUGGUGUCUUACAAGCUACUGCACAGUUAGGAAAUUUUCCCGACUUUGAAAAAUCUCCCGUAAAGUCAGAGCAAUCUAAAGAAGAUUACUGUCAGACUUUUGCUUCUCUCAUUGCUAAUACAGCUAAAGAAAUAGAUGUUUUGAUUGAUUUUUUACCUAAUGAAGAUAUUACUCAAGAGUCACAAGAAGAAUUGAAGCGUUUAGAUAAAGAAAAUAAAGAGGCUGCUCUCAAGUUAGAAAAAGUUGUUCAUGUUGGUGAGAUUUUAUUAGAACAGAUACGUAAAGCUUUGCAUGAUAUAGCACAAUCACAGAUUGAAAUUCAGAAACUGAAUUCUGUGAAAGAAAGUUUAUAA